CAAAAUUGUUAGAAAAUGGCGGUCAGCUGGAUGAAUGUCUGCCCUGGCGCCCUGAGCCUUUGGACUGAAUAUCGGCAUAUAAACUGCGUCUUUCCUCCGUCAGGAUGCGAGGACAUCGUUGUGGAAAGUUUGUCCCUGGACUCUCUGGUCCCCAUCCUGAAGUGGAGCUCCCAGCCGUACGGCUCCAAGUGGGUCCACAGGCAGGCCAUGCACUUCCUGUGUGAGGAGUUCAGCCAGGUGGUGACCUCUGACGUCCUGUACGAGCUCGGCAAAGAGCACCUCCUCAGCGCCAUUCAGUCCGACUACCUGCAGGCGAGUGAACAGGACAUUCUGAAGUAUGUCGUAAAGUGGGGCGAGCAGCAGCUGAUUAAGAGGAUGGCAGACAGGGAGCCCAACCUGCUGAGCGGCACAGCCCACAGCGUCAACAAGAGAGGCGUGAAAAGGCGAGACCUGGACGUGGAGGAGCUGAGGGAGAUCCUUUCUCCUCUCCUGCCCUUCAUUCGGACGGAGCACAUCCUGCCUCCCAACAGCGACGUCCUCGCCGACGCCCUGAAGAGGGGUUUGAUCAGCACCCCUCCGUCAGACAUGCUGCCCACGGCCGAGGGGGGCAAGGCCAACGCCUGGCUGCGGCAGAAGAAUGCAGGGAUCUACGUCCGUCCGCGCCUCUUCUCUCCGUAUGUGGAGGAAGCCAAGUCUGUGCUUGAUGAGAUGAUGGUGGAGCAGACGGACCUGGUGCGUCUGAGACUGGUGCGGAUGUCCAACGUCCCGGACACACUCUACAUGGUGAACAAUGCCGUGCCUCAGUGCUGUCACAUGAUCAACCACCAGCAAAUGGCGGGCAGCUCCAGCACGGCUCCCUCUGUCGUGGCCAAUGAAAUACCAGUGCCUCCUCUGUCUGUGGUGAAGGAUAUGAUCCGCAGGCUGCAUGAGCUGAGGCACACGGAGCAGGUCCAGCGAGCCUACGCCCUGAACUGUGGCGAGGGAGCCACGGUCAGCUACGAGCUGCAGCUGAGGGUGCUAAGGGAGUUCGGCCUUGCAGAUGGAGCCACGGAGCUGCUGCAGAACCCAUCCAAGUUCUUCCCAGAUGAGCGUUUUGGAGACGAGAGUCCGAUUCUGGCCCUGCGUCAAGUGGGCCGUUGCCGUGUCAACAGCAGUCCGGCUAUGGACAGCAUGAUAACGGACCUGGAAGGAGUGGCAGGCUUCCACCCUCCGCUGCCUCCUCCGCCUCCUCCCUACCACCCUCCCGCCACGCCCAGCCAUGCCCAGCUCAAAGGGGGCUGGCGACCCCGGGUUCCCAUGCCGACGCCGACCCGCUCCUUCUCCUACCCCUGCAACCGGACCCUGAUCCAGCGCCACGCUGCUUCCAAACAUGGCGGUUCGGAGUACUCCUCGGCGCCCAGAUCCCAGCCUCCAGACUGCACCAACCCCCAGGCUAUGGGCCGACCUCUGCUGUCAGACCAGCAGGCGAUGGGGGCGGAGCCUAUGAUGAGGGAGUUCAUGCCGGACAUCGCGCUCGGCGUCUCGGUCAUGUCUCUGAGGGAGCAGCACAUGGCCGACAUGGACGGCGAAGGCCCUCACAGCCCCAUGGGCCCUUCAGGCCACCACCUGUCCUGCUCUGCUGCGCGCUUCAGCCACGGUUACGGCCCUGGACACGGCCACUCCUGCAAGAGGCACGCUCCAGAACCCAAGCUGGAGGCCCAAGCGGAGUUCCCCGACCUGUACGACUUCUCCUGCAGACCCGCGACCCCGACCUCCGCCCACCCUUUGCCCGCUUUCACAGGACCAGACCUCUACAGCCACAGCUGCACGCAGUCCGGCUCCUACCCUCCUCCUUACGUUUCUGACUGCCAGAGCCACGGCCACCUGCAGGGACGGACCGCCCCGGACCCGCUGCGACUGGACGUCCUCAGCUUAAAAUCCCAGAGACACGACGGCGUCCUCUCCAGUCCGUCCGGACCACAGCCGAGGACGGGUCCGUUCCCAAAGGGGCGGCCGAACGAGACUGACCUCACCCACGGUUUGGGUCAUCUACGCUCCCCCAGCGGGAACAUGGACGGCUACGAGGACAGACCCAGAGACGCUCCAGAGGAGAUGGUUCUGGACGGAGACCCAUCGGGUCCGGUUCCGCUCCAGCAGUCUCACAGGAACAGUGUAGGCGAAGAACUCCUCAGAGACCGCAGAUCGCCCAGCAAACCGGACUACCCCUAUAAGAAAUCUGCACUUUAACCCCAGUUCAGGAGGCGGGGUUGAGUUGGAAAAAGGGAAAAAUGCGAUGAGCACUAAAUGUGUGUGUGUGUGUGUGUGCGUGUGUGCACGUGUGUGUGUGAGUACAAGAGUCAGAGAAAAGGGUUGUAGCUAGCGCUGGGCGAUUAUUUUUCAUAUCCAAUUUUAAGAAAGUUUAGUUUACUUGCCUACACUUCUAAGAACAAAAUAAAUAUUUUCAAAAAGUGAUUUAUUUCAAUA